AUGGCACCAAGGAAAGCACCAGCGAUUGGAAUUGAUCUGGAGGAAGGACUGAAGGGAGGUGCAGGUGCCCCGCAAGGAGAACAAGGAGAGAACUACUCUUGGUCAUUCCAUGGCGAUCCAAAUGCAACCUUCACAAGCUUCUUUGGAAAUAGCAACCCAUUUGAAAUGUUUUUUAAUGUUGGUGGAAUGGGCGGCCAGCAGAACACUCGUUUUAACUUCUCCGGUGGCCAACCCGAAGCAAUGGACGUUGAUGACGACUUUGGAUUUGGUGGGUUCCCGGGAGUCCACCAACAGCGAAGCAACAGUCAAAGGAAGCGCCAAGAUCCACCAGUACACCAUGACCUAAGGGUCACACUCGAGGACAUCUUCCGUGGGUGCACAAAGAAAAUGAAAAUCAACCGUCGAGUGUUGAAUGAAGAUGGCCGAACGACGAGGACUGAGGACAAAAUCCUUGAAAUUAAUGUGAAACCUGGAUGGAAGGAAGGCACCAAAAUCACAUUUCCCAAAGAAGGAGACCAAGGUCCAAAGAAAACUCCUGCAGAUAUUGUGUUCACCCUCAAAGACAUACCACAUUCAGUUUUCAACAGAGAUGGGAGUAAUUUAGUCUACAAAGCAAGAAUUCCACUUAGAGAUGUAAGUAUCUUAACAAGCUUUAAAGAGAAAUUCCAGUAGUUGCAGUAAACACUGAUUUCAUGAGAAAGUCUGUAA